AUGUCUGUGACUGUGCUCUUCGGACUGUUGGAUAUCGCCGUUGGUGUCCUGGCCAUCGCGGUCGCCUGCUACCAAUUCUUGUACUACCACUCCCAGCUAUCGACCAUCCUCAUUCCUCCUGCUAUUUAUAUCAUCCUUCAAGGGUUUUCGACGAUGAAGAAAGAACCCGAUGAUGUAAACCAUUCCAACAACUUAUUGUUUGAGCUGUUCCUAGCGUUUAUAAUGUAUUCACUCUUCUCUUUCGCCGCUUCGCUAUUUGAUGUUUCGUCUAUCAAAACGGAAGAGGAUCUCUGGCAUUUCCAUGAAUCGAAAUAUUUUCUCGAUGGGGAAGACAUAGAAAUUUGA